ACAACACAACUAAACAAAUCACAAUCUUCCCUUUCAUCUCCAUCAUCAAAACCAAUUCACACCAUGAACGAAACCUCCACCCCAACAAAAAAAAUCAAUUUCGCAGAAGAAUCACUAUUACCAAAAACAACCACCAACAUCAACAGACACAAAUUCAACCGUAGCAUCUCCCACGUAAACGACGAACUCCACACUUUCCGAUCAUAUCUCCGAUGGAUGUGUGUGGAUCAAUCAAACGCAAUCCACGCAACACUCUCCUGGUUCGUUUUCUUCGUCUUCGCAUUGGCUGUUCCUGCUUUGUCGCACUUUUUUCUAGCAUGUGAGGAUUGUGAUGCGAGACAUUCGAGACCGUAUGAUUCUGUUGUUCAGAUUUCGUUGAGUUCUGUUGCGGUGUUGUCGUUUUUGUGUUUGUCGACGUUUGUGAAGAAGUAUGGGUUGAGAAGGUUUUUGUUUUUGGAUAAGCUUUGUGAUGAAAGUGAAAAUGUUAGAAUGAACUAUAUGGUUCAGCUCAAUAGAUCUUUGAAGCUCAUAUCAGUCUUCUCAGGACCAUGUUUCAUAGCAAUGGCAACAUACAAAAUCUGGUGGUAUGCAUCAGGAGGCUCACAAAUCCCCUUCUUAGGAAACGUAUACCUUAGUGAUGCAGUAGCAUGCAUAUUAGAACUCUGCUCCUGGUUGUACCGAACCACCACAAUCUUCCUUGUGUGCGUUCUCUUCCGUUUGAUCUGUCACCUUCAGAUCCUACGGCUGAAAGAUUUUGCCACAUUAUUCCAUGUGGAUUCUGAUGUACAUUCGGUUAUGUCGGAACACCUGAGGAUUAGGAGGCAUUUGAGGAUUAUAAGUCAUAGGUAUCGUGCUUUUAUUUUACUUGCACUUGUGUUGGUGACUGGAAGUCAGUUUGCUUGUUUGCUUGUGACCAUGAAGGCUAGACAUGAUCUUAAUGUCUAUAAGACUGGUGAACUUGCGCUAUGUUCGGUAACGCUUCUUUCAGCACUGUCCAUUAUGUUCCGUAGUGCAACAAAGAUAACACACAAAGCACAAGCAAUCACAGGAUUAGCAGCCAAGUGGCAUGUUUGUGCAACGUUGGAUUCUUUUGAUGGAGUGGGUGAAGGGGAAACAUUAUCGGCUCAGAUUUCUCGUGAGAGAAUCUAUCCUUCAGUGGGAACAGAUGGAGAAUCAGAGACUGAUGAUGCUGGCUCUGAAGAAGAUGAGAUUGAUACCACAAAGAUGAUUCCAUCUUACUCUUAUAGCACUAUCUCAUAUCAGAAAAGACAAGCUCUUGUAAAUUACUUUGAGAACAAUAAGGCAGGAAUUACUGUAUAUGGAUUCAUGCUGGAUAGGAGUACACUACAUACCAUAUUCGGUAUUGAGAUGUCGCUAGUUCUUUGGCUGCUUGGAAAAACAAUAGGUUCUUUUUGAAUAACAUAUAUUUAUUUUGUUUGAUUAUAGUUUAUGAAUCAUGGAAGAAAAAAAAAAUGCAGUGUGAGUUCCCUUAUCUAUGAUUUAUUGUUCUCAAUUGCCGGCUGCUUACUGUUCAAAUUGGAUGAGAAGAUAGAAAUGGAUCAGCUUUUAUUUUAAUCAA